CCAGCCUCGCGCUCGUUUCUCGUUUCCUCUUCUCGGCCUCCUUUGUCCUAGUCUCGUCCUCAUCGUAGAACGAGCCUCCAUGCCGGACGACGAUCUCCACAGCAUGAGCUUCGGCUCCUCGGACCGCUCCGGCCUCUCACCCCUCUCCACCUCCCUCUCCCUUGCCUCCUCCUCCUCCUCCUCCUCCUCCUCUUCGGGUUCCGUCCACAAAGCGCACCCCACCGGUGACCCCAUCCUCGACACGAUCCGCCGACUCAACUCUUCAUCGGGAGGUUGUGGCAGAGGCGGCAACCUCCUAUCGAUGUCUGAUCUGAGGCUUGUGCGGCGGCUGGGAAGCGGAGACAUCGGUAGCGUGUACUUGGCGGAGCUCAAGUGUCCGGGGGCUGAGGGGUUGCCAUUGGCGGCCAAGAUGAUGGAUAAGAAGGAACUCGAGGGGCGGAGCAAGGAGAGGAGGGCGAAGACGGAGCGCGAGAUCCUGGAGGCCGUCGAUCACCCCUUUCUACCCCGCCUCUAUGCCUGCGCCGAGGACGACCGAUGGUCCUGCCUCCUCACCGAGUUCUGCCCUGGCGGCGAUCUGCAUCUCCUCCGCCAGCGCCAGCCCAGCAAGCGCUUCGACGAGGCCACCGUCAGGUUCUAUGCGUCGGAGGUGGUGGCGGCCAUGGAGUACUUGCACAUGAUGGGCAUCAUCUACAGAGACCUCAAGCCCGAAAACAUCCUCGUCCGCGGAGAUGGCCACAUCAUGCUCACCGACUUCGACCUCUCCCUCAAGGGCGACUCUACCAACGCCUCCGCUGCGCAAGUCAUCACUCACCAAAACCCGAUCCCUCCGGCGGUGGAGCAGUCAGUGGGGGGCGGAGGGGGAGAGUUCUCUGUCGCGUCCUGCAUCAUCCCCGGCUGCAUCGUGCCCGCCGUCUCUUGCUUCCACCCGCCUAAACGCAGGCGUAAGAAGAGGCCGAACUGUUCCCGUGGGCCAUGCCUGGAGUUCGUGGCCGAACCCGUAGACAUCCGGUCGAUGUCCUUCGUGGGGACUCACGAGUACCUGGCGCCGGAGAUCGUCUCCGGAGAGGGUCAUGGCAGCACCGUGGACUGGUGGACGCUAGGUGUGUUCGUCUUCGAGCUACUCUACGGCGUGACGCCCUUCAAGGGCCCUGACCACGAGCUGACGCUCGCCAACAUCGUCGCCCGGGCGCUAGAGUUCCCCAAGGAGCCUCCCAUAUCCGCAGCGACCAGGGAUCUCAUAGCCUGCCUUCUCGUGAAGGACCCCGAGCUACGCCUUGGCUCCACAAUGGGCGCCGCCGCUAUCAAGCGCCACCCUUUCUUUCAUGGCGUCAACUGGGCGCUGUUGCGAUGCGCCUUGCCGCCUUACGUGCCACCGCCGUCCACCAUCAGCACCCACAGCCAUGAUGCUUCCGACGACAGCUGUCCAGGAUCGCCGAUGGAGUACUACUGAUAACAAAUAAAAUCCUUAUAGGAAAAUACAUUUGCGGUCAACGCGAGUUGAACGGUGUGAUAUUGAGAAGACAGAGCCUUAGCUGUGGUCACAUGAUCCAUGUUAGGGUACAAACGUAUGAAUCGAAUAUUAUGAAAAUAUUAAUAUUUAGA